GUUAAUCAAGUUUUGGCUGUACUAAAACGAAAUGGCUGCCUUCAAACUAACUUUCUUCCUGUGCGCUGCUUUCCUCAUCUUCCAGGCUAACGCCCUGCCGCAAGCCCAAUACGAAGAUGUCGAAUCCACAUCAGUGAUAGAUUUGAUCAAGAAGCUAGUGAAACGAAUUGAGGGGACUCUGGAUUGGGUUGUAGCUGAAGGUGAAGACGUAAUAGCAGCUAUCACUCCAGAGAAAUGGGACGAAGUGCAGAAGAAGACGGUCGAUGUAACCACUAAAGUUCUAAGUGCGGUAAUGAAGAGAAUCACCGACGAUGUCAGCAAAUUUGGCGACAACACUCCUGAAGGUAAAAAACUAGCGGGCUGCAUCGUCAGUUCCGGCAGUGCCAUGGUCAGUGUUCCUGUUACGUUCUACGACGAUGCGAGCAAGUGCCUGAAAACCGAUUUAUUGGCCUUGGUGAAAGCCUUAGGACCCGUUAUCAAGGAUCUUGCAUCCGUUCAAGUCGAUGCCAAGAAGGCCGCCGACGGAAUCGACAAAUGCAGUGGCGACAGCGUGCAAGGAUUGCUCUGUGUUGUCGGGGUUGCUGGCGAUGUCCUUAAAGUCGUAGGAGAAAUCCCGGCUAAAGUUCAAACCGACAUUGCGCCUCUUGAAGCCGCGGCCAAGGCUGCCCUCAAUUCUUUGAGUUCCUGUGUGAAAUCUGAAAUACCAGUUUACUUCAAGAACGCCGGAACCGUUCUGGAUUCGGUCGCAGCUUGCGCCACAUUGUCUGUUGGCAAGAGCAAUUACGGCACCGAUCUCGUAGAUAUAAUUCAAAAAAUUGUACAAGUUGCGGAAAAAGUCGUAGACAACUUUAUCGAAGUCCUCAAUACUUUAAUUAUAGAAGUUAAAAAGAACUUUAGCAAUGCCCAAACAGAAGUUCUAAAACUUGUAGACAAGGUUGCAACAAGGGAAAUGGAUAAGUUCAAUAAAAUCAUCAUAGAUGUAUCCAAACAAAGCGACGUAGAUGGACAAGAUCUAAUCAAAUGCAUCGCCAGCGAGGAACACGAGAGCAUCAUCGUUGCCAAAAACUUAGUCGAAUCCAUCACCACGUGCGCUCGCAACGACUUGGUAGCGUUCCUUAUCAGACUGCAUCCCUUAAUAACAGAUUUAUCCAUCGUGCAGAAUCUCGCCAAAACUGAGCUAGCUAAUUUAAGUAACUGUGAAGGAAGCGACACCAAAGCCGUCCUCUGCGUCCUUAAUGUCGCUACAAAUGUCAUCGAUAUCAUCAGCCAACAGGUCCCUAAAAUCAGCCAAGAUGUCCAGCCUGUUUUGGAUAAUUGGCCCAUUCUCAAAAGUGCUGUUGUUUCCUGCUGGAAAAAUACCACCAAACCAGGUGUUAUUUCUGAUGCUGCUAACGUAAUUAAUAAAAUUGCUGCUUGUGAUAAACAAAAUUAAAGAAAUUGAACAUAA